AUGGACCUCAAUCACCCGGAUGUAUCCCGAUCAGAGCCUAUCCUUCCUCCUCCAGAGCCACCUUCAUCCCCGCCAUCUAUUUCUUCGGGCAGUCGCAGACCCAGAAAGCCACCAACUGUAACGCCCAGGUCAUUCAGUCGAUUCUUUACCCCGCGUUCUUUAUUACCAACUGGGGAUACUUCCAUUACUCCUUCAACCAGUCGCCAGGCCUUACGGGCACUAACAUCGCCCGCGGUAAAUCGUCUAGGGCCGGCCUUUUCGAGAACCUCUAAGGCUGGUAGCACUAGAAGUCCUCACGAUGGCUUACCGGAAGACUUUAUUCGCACCCCAAGUAGGAAAAGAAAAAACUCAUUCUCCUCAGUCGUCUCCCCGCAAUCCUCGCCUCUGAAGAGAGUUCGUGUCCGGUCUCCGGCGCAGGAUGUGGAACAAGAUAUUAAAAUUCCAAACAUCAACAUCCGCCUUGAUGCAUUAGCACCGCCAAGUUCACCCAAGCGAAAUCCCCCGGUAGCCCCUGUGCGCCGUUCCCAUGCAUUGCAAUCAUCUGGUGCUUUGUUUAUGCGAACUGUGAUGGGGGAUCGGGCAAAUAAAGUAACCCUACGCUCUAACUCUGGCGCUGGUUGGCAAGAUCUUACUUCCGACUUCUAUUCGCGACCCGAAGACCGUCACAUGUGUGCUAGCUACGGACCAGAAGCUCCAGUGGGCUCAGUUGCCCUUCCAUUCUGUAAUGCUUCAUGCAACACAAACUCUCUUGUUGCAGUGGGUGACGAAGAGGGUGGAAUUCGGCUCUUGGACUCAUCGAUUGACGAAGAGGUCGGGUUCACUAAUGCAUAUCUUGGGUUUCGUCCUCACAUGAACUCGAUCAUGGAUCUCGAAUUCUCAUCGGACGACAUGCUACUGGCUACAGCAUCUGGUGACCAAACGUCUCUUGUUAUUGAUAUGACAACACAACGACCCAUCCACUGCUUAUCAAAUCACUCCUCCUCCGUUAAGCGUGUCCAAUUCCAACCGGCCUCCAACAAUAAGGUCCUUGCUACGUGCAGUCGAGAUGGAAAUGUCAAUAUUUGGGAUCUCCGCUGUAAAGGGUUUGAACGGCCUGCAUUACAAGUCCAAUGCUCCCUGGAAUCCGAAUCCGAAAACACGGCGACCACUGUACCUCCAAAGAUGCUAUAUCCGCACGUUCUAAAUACCAUUGAAGGUGCCCAUGCUUACACAACCUCUCAUAAACCGACCAUGGACAAAAAUGAAACGCCACCCUUUGGUCGGACCGAUAUCACCGUUACUUCCCUCGCUUUUCUCUCGCCUGGCCGCGAAAAUAUGUUUGUUACGGCUUCUGAGGCUAGUGCAAGUGUCAGACUUUGGGAUUUGCGAACAGCACACAACAAUCGCCGUGGUCGACCUGUCAUUCCUCUAUCUACAACGCAAGAGCCAGAAAGCCAUGUGAAGUAUCGACGUUUUGGCUUGACUUCCAUGGCGUUUGGAGGAGAUGGCUCACGUCUGUACACUCUUUGCCGAGACAACACCGUUUACACAUAUUCAACAUCACACUUAAUUCUCGGGCAUGCGCCUGAACUUUCACUCAACAACAAUCGACCACGAAGGACUGGAGGCUCCGACAAGGACGGCCUUGGGCCUCUCUAUGGUUUCCGCCACCCUCGUCUCCAAAUCUCCUCAUUCUAUGUGAAAUUGGCUGUUCGCAAAGCAAACCACGAUCACCCGGAGAUGCUGGCUACUGGGAGCAGCGACCACUGCCCCAUUCUUUUCCCUACCGAUGAACGUUAUAUCAAUUCUCCAGUGAAAAGACCAGCCGAAUCUCUGCCUAGCAGAAAUUCCCUUUUCAAUGCCCGCCCAGGGCUUCGUCGCACGAACUCUGGAAUCGGCCUGUCCGGCCGUCUCGAAGAUACCAUCCCAAUCUACCAAUCAGGCACUCCUCUCAUCGAAGGUCAUCAGAAAGAAGUCACAGGUGUGUCCUGGACACCAUCUGGCGAUCUCAUUACCGUGAGCGAUGACUACUCUGCUCGAUGCUGGCGUGAGGGACCCGAGGCUCGUGAGCUUCGAAACGGUGGUGAAACCGAGGGUAAACGAUGGAUGUGUGGCUGGGCUGAUAUGAAAGACUCGAUUAACGACGAAGAUGAAUGA